AUGAGCUUCCGACGAUCGCGCAAGGGCGCAACCGGCGCCUCAUCUCCAACAGCGUCGAAGGCGGGCACAAGCUCCCGCUCCCCAAGUCCAACCAAGCGCAGCCGCGAGAAGCCCUCGUCCACAUCCUCGUACUCAGCCACAAUGGGGUCGUCGUCAUCGGCGUCGCCGCCAACAGGCCGCCGCUCCGUGCGCACGUCCUCCCUCACUUCCCCGUCCUCACACACGCCAACCAAGCAGGACCCAGACUUCCGCAUGUUCAGCGAUGUCAUGGGCAGGCGCUUCCAAUACAAUCCCAAGACAAACGUGGCUGUUCUUGACGACAGCUUCCGCCUGUGGCCGCGCACGCUGGGGCCCAUUGAGCUCUCCACACGCGCCAGCGGCACACAGAAGCGGCUCAGCGCCAAGUUUCGCGAGCUUGACCGCUACGGCUGUGUGCAUCGCCACGACUACCUUCCAGGCCUCACCCCAGGCACAGUCGACCGCCAGCACAGCAAAAACACGGGUCUGGUGAUGAAACAAGAGAUUGCAUCCCGCAUCCGUGAUCACAAGGCCACCGGCGGCGCCAUCAAGGAGGUUGCCCUGCAGGCCAUGACCUGCCUCGAGUACUUCCUCCCCGUUGUCGUGCCCUACCACUACGAAACGGCCAAGCCAUCCCACAUGUGGACCACCGACGACACGAGCACCAACUACUGCAAGGAACUCUUCACGCUUCUUCCCGCCCUCUGCGCCGCCGCAACGCAGUGCCUGCAGAACGACGACAUGCUUGUCGAGCUCUCCUCCCCUUGCUACGUCCUCGGCGACCUGCACGGUAACUUCCGCGAUCUGCAGUACUUCUCCGCCAACUUCUGGCGCGCAGGGGUGGACAUCUGUCCUGCCGACCUUCUCUUCCUCGGCGACUACGUUGACCGCGGUCCCCACUCCACCGAGCUCAUCGCUUACCUGCUUGCACUGAAGGUGCUUUAUCCCAAGAAGGUCUUCCUUCUCCGCGGCAACCACGAGCUUGAGUCUGUGUGCGGCAACACGGACUACUAUGGCGAGGGAAGCUUCCGCUCGCAACUCCUCAACCUCGCCGUCAAGUGCAACUGCCUCAACAUCUUCGAUGAGGUGUGGCAAUCGUUCAUGACGUGCUUUGAGUGGAUGCCACUCGCCGCCACCAUCGACUCCAAGAUCUUCUGCUGCCACGCCGGCCUUCCACGCGCCCUCAUGAUGUCUGAUACGGGCGGGGACCGCACGAUUCUGGAGCGCAUCAAAGAUCUGCAGCGCCCGCUCAAGGAGGAAGACGACAUCGACACGGACCCUGAGUGCGUUGCGAUGGACAUUCUGUGGGCCGAUCCGGCCUCCCACCGCGAGCGCGGCAUUAUGGGGAUGCAUGGUAUGCCGCCCGGGUUUGCGCUCAACCUGGACCGUGGCGGCGACGCGUGUGUGUUUGGCGAAGAUGCCGUGGCCGCGUUCAAGGAGCAGACGGGCUGUGACUUUAUCCUGCGCGCCCACCAGCCGCCAGACAAGGGCAUUCGCUACCAAGCAGGCGCCAAAGUGAUCACCGUGUUCUCGUCCAGCCACUACUGCGGCAUGAACAACUCCGCAGCCCUCAUCGUCGUCUCCGAGCAGCAACUGGACAUUGUCACCACGGGCGAGACGGUGAGCGAGGACAAGCGGUCCACAUCGUCCAGCCGCGCACAGACACCGGCAGCGCGUGCACGCAGGAUGCAGAGCAUUGCGGAGGAGAACGGGCAGCACACUAGCUUGUAG